AUGCUUAUGAUGUCCGCCGCCAGCAAAGGAAGCAAAAAGUUCGAAAUCGACGAGAUCAUCAAUCGGUUCUUGAUAUCUGUGAGCGAACGAGAGAAGUUUCUGGGAAUUCUGGCGAUUCUGAUGAAGGUGCAAGUGGAGAUGAAUAAAAAGUAAGCGGAAAGCCCAUAUUUUUAUCAAAACGAUUAUUCAUUUUUGCAGACAUUGUGAAAAUCAAGAGAAAGCCAUCCGUGAAGGCGUCGAAAGAAUCGAAGAGGCGGUGAAGACAUCGUCACGGCUUCGUGGAGCAUUCUACGAGCACAUGGCACAAGUUGUGGAGGCUCACAAGCGGGGAGAAGAGAUCCGAUACAUUUUGGAAUGGACGGAGCAGCUGAUGAAGCGAUUCAAAGAGGACUUCUUCGAGGAAAAUACGGAAGAGACGAUGGAAGAGGAGACGUCUUCGCAAUUGGUUCUGAAGCCACGACAGGACCGACUUCCGGAAGUUUCGCCCAUGUUCAAUCUGAUCAAAGAGCUCCUUGUACUGAAAUUGCGUUGGAACGAGGAUGAUGAUGCGGUGGCGUCGAGCUACGACGUCUGUGUCAUCAAAGAUCUGAACUUUGCAUUCGAAGCCGUUGUAUCUUUGGAUUGUGAUGACAUUAGAUCCGAAAAGCUAGACCAUCUCUUCUUUCUCAUUCAAUGGAGCCGAACUAUACUGAAUGGAUUCUUGGCUCAAAGCUCUUUGGACUUUUUGAGCUCCGAACAAGUCUCGAAGAUUUCCACGAAACUGUUUUAUUUGAUGAUGGAUUCUGAGAAGAAGCUGGCCGCUCUUUUGACGACUUCACAAGGCGCAGGCAGUUGGAAAGUUCCGAAUGUGAAAUUCGAGAAGAAAGAGGACGUGAUUAUGGUGGCAAAUGCGGAGAAAAAGAGCGGGAGAGGAAGGCCGAAGAAGCGGAAAAGCGAUGAGACGAUGGUGGAAACUGAGGCGGAAGAAGUGACGAUGAAUGGAGACGAAGAAGAUGCGGAUGAGGUGAAGAAUCCGAAUGCCACGAUCACAACUCAACUGAAAAUCCAAUAUGUUCAACUGAAACUCCGCCCAAUUGCGCAUCUGAUGAAGCUCGCGAAAGCAAAGAGAAGCUGCCUGAUCUACCUGUGUGACGAGUUGCAAACUGUGCUCGAAGCCAUUGUAAAAAUGCGCAAAAAGAGCUCUCCGAUGCUCGCCGCCCGUGCCUCGACUCAAUCUCAAGCUUCGUCCACAAAACUCUACCACGGCGACUUCACCACCGUCUGGUUUUGCGUCAAAAAAGCGGUGGAGCAGGUGUGGAGCAUCGUUGAGCUCGUCUUCGACUACUUUUCCGAACUGCCCGACGCGAGUCAGGAGGCGAAUCCGAAAGUUCAAAAGGAUUUGGAAGAUUUAGGCCACAAAAGUCUACACCUUUUGCACACAAUUCUGACGGGGGAGCUCUAUGGAAGUGAGGAGAAGCUCUCGGCGACGGAGAAAACGGAGAAAAAGUCGAUACUCGUAAGAAUCAUGGAGAAGAAGAUGAAGGGGGCGGAGCUUCUUUCAAAUGACGUAGAAUCGGCGAGACGGGACGUCGGAAAGUAUCUGGCGAAAAUGGCGGAAUUUGCACCGUCGCCCGCCGUUGCUGUGAGCAUUUUGGACGUUUUUGAGGAUUUGCGAUUGGAUCCUGAUGGCGAAGCGGAUGUUCGAAAGACAAUGGGUAAGGGAGCAUCGAAUUUGUGAAAAGUCAACCUUAAUUUGCAGCCAAAUUCGCUCUGGCCUACCUGAAAAAGGAUUGGAGCAAAGUGGACGAGAUCUGGAGCAAAGGCACCAAACUGAACGCGGCCGUCCGUGACAUUCUCACUCAUUACAUUCGGCUCCGACGUGAGCGAGAUCAACUGGCGGCGAUUCAAUGGAUCCUGACGAACAAGGUGGUGCAGUUAGUGCCGGAGGACGACAAACGGAAAUCCUGUGUGUUCUCGCAACAAUCGGACGACGAUCUGCUGGAGAAGGACGAUCAGAAGGCGACGUUCUAUUGCAUCAACAAAGGCACGUUCGGAGUGGUCUUCAAAACGAUAUUUUCUGGGCUUAACGCACGAGUGCUCAAGCACGACAUGUCUGCGACGGCUGCCAAGAAUGGAGGAAUCGACGACGAGGAGACGCUGGAGAGCUGGGAGACCGCCUCCUCGUGCUUCCUGAUCCUCUGCCUUCUGCUCCGAGUGAACAAGAUUCGGACGACGGCGGUGCUCACCACGGCCGUCCGCGAAGGCAAGCAGUUCCUGAUAACAGUGUCGAAACGCAGUUCCUUCAUUUAUUUGAUGGAUAAUAUCACGAAAGGGACGAAUUUCGAUGCGAUUACGAAGCGAGUCGAUAAGAUUCUCUCGGCGGUUCAACAGGGAAAUCGCGUGCUGCAGAGCAUUGGAAAUUACGCGAAAACAAACAAAUGUGUGCAUUUGCUCAAGAAAUUUCCGGAAUUGCGCGCCGAAAGUGAGAAUUGUCUUCGUGUCAUUCACUCGGCGAUGGUCAAAAACGAAUGUUUGAAUGCGUUCACCGUUGGACUCGUGAAAAGCCGAAGCAUUGAUGUGAGCCUCGGAACUCUGUGCCAAAGUAAUCAAAUUUCUUGUUUUCCAGGGCGAAAUCAUACUGGAGGAAAGGGAGAGCUCGCCGGAAUCGGACGAAGAAGACUAA